AUGCCUUACACAGCUGGCACCGGCACUCCCAGCCGAGGGGGAAAAAAUAUCUUCCUCGUCUGUUUAUUUCUUUCGUUAUCUUUCUCUCACAUUUCUACUCUUUUUUCUUCUCUUUCAUUUGAAUGCCACCUUUAUUCUCUCGCUCUCUUUAUGUACUUUCUUUCUUUUAUCGGCUUUGCUGUCCUUUUAAAUAGUCUUUCUUUCUUUUCUCUGCUAUUCUUCACACGCAUCUUUACUCUUCUUCUUUUUUCUUUCGUUCAAUCUCUACGCUCUUUCUUUUUUAUUAACUUUUAUCUCCUUUUAAAUAGACUUCUUCCUUCCUUCCUUCCUUCCUUCCUUCCUUCCUUUCUUCCCUCUUUGCUUUCUUUUUUUAGUUAUACUUUUUUCUUUCUUUCAUUCUUAUAUCACAUUAGUACACCCUCUCUCUUUAUGCUUUUUCUUUCUUUCUUCACUUCUUUUCUCUUCUUUUGCGCUCUUUAG